GGCCGUCUGUCAGCUCUGUUCGCUUAGCGCCUCAGUCUGAAGCAGCACCGGAGCUGACGGGAACCGUGCACAGAAACUGACGGAAACACGGCACCGUGCAUAGAGCUCACCGGAUCCCGGCGGUCACUGACCGAGCACAGAGCCGUUACUUCACGGGAGACAAAUAAUUUCUGGUGGGACCGACAGAUAACUGAGGAGAGAACCGGAGUACAAAGGGGGGAGAGCGAGUCCCUCAGGCAGCUGCUGACUCGGGAACCUGAGGCGGGAAGCGGAGAAAGCACCGGAGUGGUCUCCUACCCAGAGAGAGCUCACCGAGUUGUCUCCUAUCCAGAGAGAGCUCACAACAGUGGUCUCCUACCCAGAGAGAGCUCACAACAGUGGUCUCCUACCCAGAGAGAGCUCACAACAGUGGUCUCCUACCCAGAGAGAGCUCACAACAGUGGUCUCCUACCCAGAGAGAGCUCACAACAGUGGUCUCCUACCCAGAGAGAGCUCACAACAGUGGUCUCCUACCCAGAGAGAGCUCACAACAGUGGUCUCCUACCCAGAGAGAGCUCACAACAGUGGUCUCCUACCCAGAGAGAGCUCACAACAGUGGUCUCCUACCCAGAGAGAGCUCACAACAGUGGUCUCCUACCCAGAGAGAGCUCACAACAGUGGUCUCCUACCCAGAGAGAGCUCACAACAGUGGUCUCCUACCCAGAGAGAGCUCACAACAGUGGUCUCCUACCCAGAGAGAGCUCACAACAGUGCUCUCCUACCCAGAGAGAGCUCACAACAGUGGUCUCCUACCCAGAGAGAGCUCACAACAGUGGUCUCCUACCCAGAGAGAGCUCACAACAGUGGUCUCCUACCCAGAGAGAGCUCACAACAGUGGUCUCCUACCCAGAGAGAGCUCACCGAAGUGGUCUCCUACCCAGAGAGAGCUCACCGAAGUGGUCUCCUACCCAGAGAGAGCUCACCGAAGUGGUCUCCUACCCAGAGAGAGCUCACCGGAUUGGUCUAUAUCACAGAGAGAGCUCACCGGAUUGGUCUAUAUCACAGAGAGAGCUCACCGGAUUGGUCUAUAUCACAGAGAGAGCUCACCGGAUUGGUCUAUAUCACAGAGAGAGCUCACCGGAUUGGUCUAUAUCACAGAGAGAGCUCACCGGAUUUGUCUAUAUCACAGAGAGCUCACCGGAUUGGUCUAUAUCACAGAGAGAGCUCACCGGAAUGGUGUAAUUCACAGAAAGAGAGAGCUCACCGGAAUGGUGUAAUUCACAGAAAGAGAGAGCUCACCGGAAUGGUCUAAUAUACGGAGAGAGUGCUCAGCAAGUAGCCUGAGGAAGACAGAGGGCUCACCAAGUAGUCAUAGAGAGAGAGAGAGUGCACCAAGUGGCGUGAGGCAGAGAGAGAGCUUGGUGAGCUCACAGUUCUACGAUCUGAAGGGAGAGAGCUUAUCAAGUGUAUAGCCUUAGGAGAUAGAGCAAACCUGGAGUAUUUUCUGAGAGGACAAUUUGCACGUGAGCAUCUGGCACAGAUGAGAGUACACUGAAUGACAAACACACAAGCCACCUUUCAUCAAAUGCGUACAAGUCUGCACUAAACGCAAAACAUCUCAGUGGCACUGAGGAGCAUUGCAUAUAUUCUUGAAGCACUGAAAAUUUGGCAUUGGUGGUUUUGAGUGGUCAACAAGUGUGACCUGGACAUGGAUGACCAGCCCAGGUUGAUGCACAGUCACCCCGGGGUGGGGAUAACUGGGCACCCCAAUAUGACUCAGCACAUGCAGGAUGGCUCUGGGGCUGCAGAAAAUGAAAGUGGCCGGAAGCAGGAUAUUGGCGACAUCUUACAGCAGAUCAUGACCAUCACAGACCAGAGUCUGGACGAAGCACAAGCUAGAAAACAUGCGUUAAAUUGCCACAGGAUGAAACCGGCGCUCUUCAAUGUUUUGUGUGAAAUCAAAGAGAAAACCGGAGUAGAAUAUCGUCCACAUAGCGAAGCCAGAGUGCCACAUGUGCCUCCACUAGGGAUUCAAAACACAAAAAAAACUCUCGUGCCUCCCAUAAGCCAAGAUGUAAACAGGCAAGUUUAUACCAAAUUUGUGUAGAAAUUGUGUUGAUUUUUCAAAACUAUCUACCUUCUUUCCUAAUUGAUAGAUCUAGAAAAGUUGCUUCAUCUUUACUCAUUUCACAUGUAAGAAAGAUGUUGUACCCAUUGUCAGUGUUCAAAAUACUCAAGAAAUUCUCUAACAACUCUUUGCUGCCCCGCCACAGGAGUAGAAUAUCGUCCACAUAGCGAAGCCAGAGUGCCACAUGUGCCUCCACUAGGGAUUCAAAACACAAAAAAAACUCUCGUGCCUCCCAUAAGCCAAGAUGUAAACAGGCAAGUUUAUACCAAAUUUGUGUAGAAAUUGUGUUGAUUUUUCAAAACUUUAAAUAUACAGAAUAUCGGCCUGAAAUGUGGCCAAUAAUCGGUAUCCGUAUCAGCCCUGAAAAAAUAUUGGUCUAUCCCUAAUUUAUGCUGCCGGAUGGCUCCUUGGUUAUUAAUGUACCCUGGCAUCUGCUGAUUCUGCAUAGAGACUUAUCUUGUAAACUGUUGUAAGCCAUUUAUAUUUUUUCACCGCUAACUUAUACCCCCCUCAUUUUAUAAUUGUACCUAGUAAUGACCUCUGUAUUUAUUUGGUGUAAAAUAAAACCAUUUUUUUACUG